AUGCCGUCAAGUCCGAGCUCAGGUCCCACCCCCGAUGUCGAGAUGUCCGCUUCUUCGGCUUCUGGCCCGAGACAAACCAGUCGUGGAGCCAGGAGGUACGGCUUUGCCUGUGCAAGGUGCAAGUCCCGCAAAAUCAAGUGCAGUGGGGACCAGCCGGUGUGCAAGGCCUGUCAGAAGAAUGGCGAGGAUUGCGUUUGGCCAUCUCAAGACUCGAACGAGUUACGACUUAGACACGCCAAUGCUCGUAUCCGAUGGCUGGAAGCUUCUCUCCUCAGGAGGUCACGCUCCCCCCAGAUUGACUUGCCGGGCGAUGCUCAGCCUACCAGAGCAUCUCCCCGGCAAUCGACUUGCACGGUGGCCAAUACAGACACGAGUCCAGCGGUGAGCACCACUACGUCCUCCACAGCAGCUGACGUCGCGUAUCCAUCUUCCGCGACCGAGAUUUGGUUCCAAGUUGGUAUUGGAGAAGAUGGAGGCGUUGUCUAUAACGGCCCAACUAGCCGGUUCCAUGCUGGUGCAUUGGAGGAGAGCAGCAUUGUGCCUACCUCUGAAACUAGUAAUGUCUCAACCCUCUCCGUUUCGGAACCAAAGAGAGCCGCACAAGUUGAGACUUUGCGAUCUCAGUGGUCUUUGAUGGACUCUGCCUGGGUUCCUUUAAUUCAAGCAAAGCCCUUGAUGAAUGGGACAGGCGUCGAGACCAAGGUUGGCAUGGCCCUCCUAGACAUAUACUGGACGUGGCUACAUCCCCUCCACAACUGUGUUUACCGCCCGUGUCUCGUCAUGGAUCUUGCUCUAGGUGGGCAAUACUGUUCCAACUUUCUUCUCAUGUGCAUCUUUGCGCUGGCAGCGAGACAUCUCCCCGAACAGGACUUGUCCUGUCCGGAUAUCGGGAAGGGAGAAGACUUUGUUAAACGAGCCAAGGAACUUCUUUUACAGGAAAUGGCAGCAGAAAAGCCUACCAUACCGACAAUCCAAGGCCUCCUUAUCCUCGGAGGACGUCAAUGCGCCGUAGGAAAGAGUUCCGAAGGUUGGCUCUACACGGGCAUGGCAAUUCGGAUGAUGAUCGACAUUGGGCUUCAUCUCGAUACCCCUAAACUCGCCGAGCUGCAGCGCUGGACGCCUGCAGAAACAGAGACCCGGAAGCGGUUGUACAACUCGGCAUACAUAUGGGAUAAGACCUUGAGCCUUGCUCUUGGGCGCCCUCCCUCGUUGAUCCGACGCCCAUACCCCAGCACCGACAUUCUGGACAAAUUCGACGACACUCGGGAUUGGGAACCUAUCCACGCUGUAGAGGUUAGCAAUAUGUACACGCCAACACCAUCAUGGAAUAGUACAACAUUUUGCACCUUUUGUCAACUUCACGGACUCACAACAGAAAUGAUGUUGCUGUUCUCGAAUACCCCAAGCACUGAAGACUUUGCAACAAACAUCAACGAUCUUGACGCCAGAUUUCGGGCUUGGCACGAUGAGAUGCCACCAUCUCUUAAGAUCAGCGAUGUCGAGAAUCUUCAGCAAAGCCCUCCGCCCCACAUCAUAUCACUCAAUCUCCUGUAUCACGCAUUACAUAUCCUUCUGCGCCGGCCGUUCUUGAGCUCUCGUGACUCUUCGCUCAGAGCUUCGAGCACAGCCGUAUGCGUUUCACAUUCGAAAAAGAUACAUGCCAUGUACAGUCUAUAUGCCCGUACCUUUCCUCAUCGGCUCAUGACCUAUCAAAUAAGCUAUUGCAUCUUCUCGGCUGCUACAGUCGAAGCACAGAUACUAAAAACGGCAACAAGCCAGGCAGAGCGGGGGGAUGCAGCAGAGAGGCUGGCGUGUGCCAUCCGAGUACUUCAAAAUGAAGCAGCCCAUACACCAGGCAGUGGCAGGAGUCUGGAUACAAUUCGACGAAUGCUCAAUGCUGGUUUAGCGCAACCUCUCUGCAGUGGCGAUAGGGCCAGUAGAUCUAGCAGUGCUGUUCACAGACAGCUACAUACUGCAGCGGAUGGCGAGUCUGAUGGACUCUCCCGAACAAGAGCACAUUCGGGACCAGACGCCCCCCAACCCUCUGCUGGCGAUACUUCCAACACCUCGGAGGACAUUUCGAGUUUCGUCAUAGGUCAAGACUGUUCAUGGUGGGACCAAACAGGAUACACAGGGCUCGACACUGGUGCUGGAUUUCACCCCGACUCCUUCUCAUGGGGAAUGGCAAAUGUGUUGCCACAAACCCUGAAUGUUUUACCACCGUCUGAUCAAGGCUGGAAUGCUUAUGGGUCUUUAGGAUAA